AUGGGGUUCGAACUGACCAAGGCGUACAUUGCGCAUAGCGUUUAUCGCUUCAUCCAGCUCGUCUUCGCGCUCGCAGUCUGCGGAUUGUAUGGCGUUGAUUUGAACCGCGCGAACAAGGCGGGAAAAUACAGCGAUGGAAAAUGGAUCUACGCCGAAGUCACCGCCUCGCUCUCCGCCUUCACCGCAGUCCUCUAUAUCGUGCCUUUCACGCCCCGCAUCCCCUUCAUGUUCGUCUGGGAUCUGAUUCUCUUCAUCCUGUGGAUCGCGCUCUUCGGCCUGUUUGGAAAUAUGUAUAUCAAGGAGAACGCGGAGGGGAACUCGGGCAUCAAGCGCAUGAAGAAUGCGGUGUGGAUUGAUCUCGUGAAUGCGCUCCUUUGGCUGGUGAGUGCGAUGGGGAUGGCGAUCUUUUGGUUUAGGCAUAGGGGCCAGAGGAGUCUUUGGACGGGGAGGGCGAAGGUUUAG